CCCACAUCGAACGCCUCCCCUCGAUGACCGGACCCGCGCUCCGCUCUCCCCCCCGAUGCUGCGGGCCUUUCAGUCCUCGACGGUCUCUCUCACCCUCCAGACGGCGUCUUCCUUUUUGCGCACGAACACACACACACACACACACACACACACACAUGCUAUCCUCUCUCUCUCGCUCUGCAUCCCUUUCCUCCCCUUUUGCUCCCCACCCUCGCUUAUUUGCUCCAAACGCUCCCCCACAACUGACUAGCUUUCCCGAGCGCCCUGCACCUACACACACACACACACACACACACACACACACACACAAAAAGGUGUGCCCUUCUGCCUUCUCUUCUUUCGCAAGCGGCGAAAUGAGAAUCAUACCCCCC